GCCAGAUCCUCUCUACUUAUGCAGAGCACCUUGGCCAGAGCUCCAGUUGUGAACAUGGUAGCCUUCAAGGUUCUCUCCCUGCUUCUGGUCUCCCUCAGUUUUGUGCUGAUGGAAGAAAAUGGCAUCAGGGAAAAUCUAAGGAACUCCACGUUUCUGCAAAGGCGGUAUUCUGAGGGAACUUUAGCAAGUGAUUACAGUCGAACUUUGGACAACAUGCUGAAGAAGAACUUUGUGGAAUGGCUCUUGAACAGUAGGGAGAAUAAGAUUGAGAAGAACCUUGAACCAUCCAAGAGAAAAGCUGACGCCACAAUGUCAGAUGCAAGGAAUCAAGGCAAUGAAGCUGGAUCUCAGGAAGCAAAGGGCUACGUUGGAUGGCUUUUGCAAAACAUAGGAAAGCAGAGGCUUCCUUUGCCAAUGGAUUCGGAUGAAUGGAAGAACAUCCAGAGGCAAGAAUUUCUGGUGUGGCUGAUUUUUGCUGACCUCUGUAGGCUAAUGACUCAGUAGCUCCCUAGAAGAAGCUGGAUCUACUUUUCCUUUCUCAAUUUGCACUUUCCAUUUUGUACCCAUUAUUAAUGAAUUUGUCAAUGCUGACACUGACAAUAAAUCAUUUAUUCUCAA